GAACAAAUCCCUCUACUAUCACCUCCCUGGUCCGAACCCGGGACUGGUUUCAAACAGUUUCGUUGGACAAUAAAGCAGACUGUAAACGGAUGGGGUUGUAGGCGCCCUUAUAAACACAAACAUUAAAAAUCAGGAACGUGACGGGAAUGUUACAACCAGUGUCCACUGAUUACCAACCACAAGCAACAUCCUGCCUGGUCCCACUGACCACAGGCAACAUCUUGGUCAGUCCCACUGACCACAGGUAACAUCCUGUCUAGUGCCAUUGCUGGGCCACUGACCACAGGCAACAUCCUGUCUAGUGCCACUGCUGGGCCACUGACCACAGGCAACAUCUUGACCAGUCCCACUGCUGGACCACUGACCACAGGCAGCAUCACACUCGGCUCCACUGACAGCAAAGUUUCACCCACAGACCAUUGAGGAUGGAUAAUAAUGACAAGCCAGAGGAGUGUAAAGUGUGUUUCAAUGAAUAUGAUGAAGAUCUACAGAGGCCACGCACUCUACCAUGUGGCCACACAUUCUGCUCACAAUGUAUUGAAGAUACAAUAAAGAACGUUCAACUAACCUGUCCUGGCUGCCGUGCGCAGCACACUGCUACAGCUGCUAGUCACUUCCCAGUUAACUACAUUGUGGAAGCUUUAAUAAAGAAACUCAAGGCUGAACAGCAUAAGUCAGUGGGAAUAGUACCAACAAAACAUAGUCAACUUUUUAUAUAUUCAUUCAUUCUUCUAAUUUUCAUUGUCAUUUACACUGUACUGUCUGCAUACAUUUUACCAAAUGAGACUGGAGCUUCAGUACACACCUGCAUUUGCAGUCUUUCCAAGAAGACAGAUGACAAACAGGCCUCUUCUUUCCUGCUGGUUGAAGAGGGGCAUCAUGACCAUCCAAAAGGUGUCAGUAAGAAGUUAGGGUCUAUAGUGCAGGAUCAGAAGAGUAGUAUCAAUAACAUUAUAACUGAGUGUGAAGAUGUAUUGUCCCAGCUGGAACAAUACCAAGGGCAAGUGAGGGAGUGGAAGACCCAGCACCACCAACUGCACGACAGACUCUAUGAUCUGCUGGAGCAGAACAAGGCAGCAUUGGAGCUCCUGAAAGAAGAAGAUACUAGAGUGACAAAUAUGACCACAGAAGGAGAGGCAGGAAAGAAGGAGCUACAGGUCAUGCUAAAGUGCUUGGGUACCGUCAACACUGGACAGGAGGCCGUUAUAUCCAUCGACGAAGCUGAUCAGUGCAACAUGGAGGUAGAGGAUUGGCUACAAAAAUGUCAAAAACUUUUCCCAGAUGUCAACACUGUCCAUACAUCAAUUAAGGUACGUUGCUACAUGCCUUGAAUGUAAAAUUUAAUA